AUGAUGGAAAGAAUAAGAAAAGAGAUGAUUCUGAUGGAGAGAGGGCUGCAUAGCCCUACGGCUGGCAAGAGGUUCUCCAAUUUGUCUGACUCCGCUGGCAGUGCUGUGCUCGAGGCCCUGGAAAAUUCGCAGCACCCGGCUCGCCUCAGCCCGCGCCUAUCGUCCGCCCCCCUGCACGGAGCUCUGGGAGACCUCCCAGCCAAGGGCAAAUUCGAAAUAGAUACUUUGUUCAACCUGCAGCACCCGGGCAGCGAAAGCACCGUCUCCUCCGAAAUCACCUCAGCCACCGAGAGCCGCAAUCUGCGCUCCCCCGGCGGCCUGGGCGCCGCGCCGCUCAAGGAAAACAAUGGCAAAGGGUACGCGGAGAGCGGCUCUGCGGCCGGCACCACGACGUCAGCGGGCGGCUCCGGCUCCGGCGCGGAUCAGGUGCGGCGCUACCGCACGGCGUUCACCCGGGAGCAGAUCGCGCGCCUGGAGAAGGAGUUCUACCGGGAAAACUACGUGUCGCGUCCCCGCCGGUGCGAGCUGGCCGCGGCGCUCAACCUGCCCGAAACCACCAUCAAGAUUUAG